CUCACUCCUCCAUUUAACCACCCCUCCUUCCUCUCGGCUUCCUCUCAUAUCAUCCCUUGCUUUCUCUCUGUCUCUCUCUCUCAUUCUCCAUGAAAAUCGCCGGUAAAAUACACCCUAAACACCUUUUCCGGUCUAAGAAAAACCGCUCGGUUUCGAGAUCUGAUCCGCCUUCGUUUAAUUCUUACGCAACGACGUCGUCUGGCUCGCCUGAGCCUAGUCACCGGAAUGAUAAGUCGACGUUAAACGGUGUUGCAACUCCGACUAGCGUAUUGCCUUCGCACGAAAUAUGUUCUGAUGAGUGGUCGGAGGUUUCUACUGACGUGCAGGUCGAGUUGAUUCAAGCUUUUAGGUUUAUAGACGCCGACAAUGAUGGACAGAUAACACUAGAGGAGCUUGAGGCGGUUUUGAGCCGAAUAGGGGGAUCCGAACCGUUGAUCCGAGAAGAACUGAGCCUGAUGCUAAACGAAUUGGAUAAAAACGGUGACGGAAUCAUCACUCUGGAUGAGUUCGGAGCCAUAAGCUCUGCGUUCGGACCGCCAGCGUGUGAUACGGAGCUGAGAGACGUGUUUGACUUUUUUGACGGUGAUCACGACGGGCGGAUCACGGCGGACGAACUGUUUGAGGCGUUGAAGUCGUUAGGGGACGGGAAAUGCACGUUAGAAGAAUGCAAGAGUAUGAUAAGUAACGUUGAUAAAAAUGGGGAUGGGUUCGUGUGCUUCGAGGACUUUUCUCGUAUGAUGGCCCCGCAAAUAUGAGGCUUUUUUUUUUUUUUUUAAUUUUGGGGUUAAAUGGUUAAUAGAUUUGUUUAGGGUUAAUUGGAUAAUAUUAUAAAGGGCUGCACAGAAUAUGUGUGCUGGUUGUGGAAUGUAUGUUUUUCCUGUCUGCCAAAAAAGUCUUGGUUAUAGAUUGUCAGAAUAAGCAUCUAUCUUUUGUUAUUUUUUA